CUUAAAAAAACCAAAGCUAAUCACCAUUUCCAAAUCAUCAAACUCUUGAAUGGCUUCUCCUCUAACGAUCUACUCUUCUCUCCAACUACUCUCUCUUUUCUCCAUAGCUCUACUCUCUCCGUCUAUCGGCGGCGCAUCGGCAAAUCAGUUCAAGUUGGACGGCAAAGUAUUGGAGCUCACCGACUCCAAUUUCGAUGCCGCAAUUUCGAAUUUCGAUUACGUUUUCGUCGAUUUCUACGCUCCUUGGUGCGGCCACUGCAAGCGUCUCGCGCCUGAGUUAGAUAAAGCGGCCCCUGUUCUAGCUGGAUUGAAGCCUCCCGUGGUUGUAGCAAAGGUAGAUGCUGACAAGUACAGAAAGCUUGGAUCCAAGCAUGACGUUGAUGGAUACCCGACUCUAAAGGUUUUCAUACAUGGAGUUCCUUCCGAAUAUUUUGGACCACGGAAAGCAGAUUUACUUGUUCAACAUUUGAAAAAAAUUGUUGCUCCUGAUGUUGCUUCUCUUAAUUCCGACUCUGCCAUUAGAGACUUUAUUAAGGAAGCAGGCACAAAUUUUCCUAUAUUUGUAGGCUUUGGCUUGAAUGAGUCUUCAAUAUCAGAAAUAGCUAUCAAGUAUAAGAAGAAAGCAUGGUUUUCUGUGGCCAAAGACUUCUCAGAGGAUAUCAUGUCCUUGUACGAUUUUGAUAAGGAGCCUGCUUUGGUUGCGAUUCAUCCCGCCUACAAUGAGCAGAGCAAAUUCUAUGGACCAUUUGAAGAUGUUGAAGAUUACGUAAAACAAAGUAUGAUCCCUUUGAUAUUACCAAUAAACCAAGAUUCAUUGAAGUCGCUCAGAGACGAUGAUAGGAAAGUUGUUUUAACAAUCUUGGAGGAUGAAGUAGACGACAAGUCCAAGGAAGUAAUAAAAGUUUUAAAGGCUGCUGCUUCUGCUAAUCGUGAUCUUGUCUUCGGUUACGUUGGGCUGAAGCAGUGGGGGGAUUUUGUUGAAUCGUUUGAAGUUUACAAGAAAACCCCACUCCCUAAGAUGGUCAUCUGGGAUGGCGACGAGGAGUACUAUACUGUUGUUGGUUCAGAAAGCUUGGAUGACACCAAUUUGGGCAACCAAGUCUCGAAAUUUCUUGAAGGGUAUAGAGAAGGAAGCGUCAUACAAAAGAGCAUCAACGGUCCAUCCUUGGCGGGAUUCAUAAAAUCACAGAUUGGAGUCAGACUUUUCCUCAUGAUAUUAUUUGUGAUUUUGGUAGUGGUGUUGAUCUUGAUGAUGGCCAAAGAAGAACCUCUUACCGUUGGCACCCGAGACCACGCCACUGACGAAAGAAGCUCUGCCUCCCAGCCAGAAACCAGAGAACCACGCCGGGAUGCUGUCAAGGAAGAUUGAUUUCUUGCUCCACUGACUGCAGAUUCUACGGAAAACUCAUCUCGAAUUCGUAUUUGACAAUGGAUAAAAGGUUAGAAGAUCUUCGAAACUUAUGUACUAGUUUGGGGAAGAUGAUGUAUUCUCAGAUUUGAGCAGAUUUGUCACGUUUGUCUCAAUUGUUGUUUCGCAAAGUAAACUAAGUUAGAUGAUACACCUAUUUAUUUUUUGUAUAGAAUGGUUAUGGUGUACUGCAAUGAGGGGUCUUUGCUUAUCUUACA